ACGACAUCCAUGCAUCCGUCUUUUUCAACGUCACCUCAAAAAAAUAGACAAUCCAACAUCUCGGCCAAUCUACGCAUGAGAAAUUGAAUUGCUCUAACGAAGCGUCUAUGAGAUUUCUUCUGGUCGCUAUCUUGUACUUUGGCCCAUGCUCUAAUUGACAUUCCUCGUCUCCCAUUUGCAUAUCGCUGCUCCAGUCAGCGUUCAGGAAGGAACUUGAGGACAACCCACUGUCCAGUCCCUGUCACAGCACGCCUCCCGUCUCUACCUUGGAGGGCCGCAGCCAUGUCCCUCGCACGUCUUUCCGCUUCUGGAUCCCUUCGCGGCUCACCAUCCGGAUCCCCUCUUCUUCUUCGUCUUGAGCUCAUCAGGCGCGGCCAAAUACACAACGCUCGCCCUCUCGUCGCCCAUCGAUCCGUGACUUCUCCACAAUGUCGCUCCCUCCAAACAACAUCGAGGACGUUGGUCGACAAGAACAACACCAACAAGAAGUUCUCGCCUCAGCCCCAGCCCGUUCCCCUCUCGCAGAUCCCUCGUCUCAUACUUGGGGCUGCUGUGGAAAACCUCCGUGGUCUCAAGAGAAAUUUCCGAAAUGGUACCUUCAAGACUAUGCUUCGUCAGAACCCCGAAGAGCUGGUCUUUGCUCUGGUCUUGCUUGCUGCACUUGCUGUUGUCAUGGUGUAUAUCAUUCGGGUUUACUUCACCUACUUCUACUCAGAGCAGUUCACCAAAUACCCUCCUCCCAUUGCAAAAGCUCUGCGCCGGGCAUUGUACUACAGCAACUACAAUCCCGACCAGCAGAUGGCUCUCAAGUACUGGAAGCAGGCUCUUGAGCUGUGUGAUGAACUCCACCUCGAUACCUUUUCUGACGAAGUCAUGGGCAUCAAGAUCGAGCUUGCGGCUUGGCUCGAGAAGAUUGGGAGCUACGACAACGCGGUCAAGGUGCUAGAGAAUCUCUCGGGCGACUGCAAGCGCUGGGUUGACCUCAUGGAGAAGAGCGUCAAGGAAGGAGGAAAGAUCCCGCCAUCACUACUACCGCCUGUGGUGCCCCAGGAUCCAACUGAGCAGCCUGCCGCCGCUAAAGAGUCCAAGCAGGAGGAAACUCCCGAGACCAUCUGGGGCAGGCGGACUCGCAUUCUUGGCAAGGCUGUUGGAAUCAAUGUCAAGCUUGCCAACCUCUACUCCUUCUACCUCGCCAAGCCCGAGGAGGCCCACGAACGCCUGAUCUGGGCCGUCGAAACCGCUCUCAACGAGCUCCGUAGACGGACUGUCGAGGGCCUCAAGGAGGGAGAAGGCAAGUGGAUGAGUUCAGAGGAAAUUGGCGGUGCCUUGGAAUCUUUGGGACAUAGCUACGAGGCCAAGUCGCAAUUCCACCUGGCUCUGCCGCUCUUCUUCCAAGCUCUUCGCUUGUCCCAACACCAAUGCCACAGCGCUACCAUCAUGAACAACAUUGCCGCUUGCUUUGCGCAGCACCCUAUAAUGCCUGCCGGUCAAAGCCAAGUGGAUACCCUCAUGGGUGAAGAAGUGGCUUCCGCAACACCAGCCCAGAAAAGAACUGCGUAUCUCGAGGCAGCCAAGCGCUGGGCAAAGAACGCUCGACAACACGCCAAUGAGCCAAAGGGUGAUGAUCGGACCCCCGAAUGCGAUCAGGCUUGCGCUACCUCAUUGUGCAACCUGGCCAGCAUUGCUCGUCUGACCGGCAAUGCCACUGAGGCUCGUCGACUGUUCGAAAAAGCCAUUGAGACGAGCAGGAGCCUCGAGUUUGAAGAGGGCGUGACCCAAGCCGAGGACGGCUUGCGGGCGCUGUCGACGUCGUCGUAGUGGAGUCCUGGAUUCAAUGUGCCACUGUUCAACCGCAAAAGAGGAUCAGCGUCUUCACCAGCUCCUUGAUGUCAGGGAACUUGCAUCGCAGACACUGCCGCCCUGGUAUAUCACGGAGAUACGCACCGCACCACAGUCCACUGGCACAUGCACCCACCUUGAGCUAGGAUAGUUGGAUCCGAAUCAAAUUCCUGAAAUUUGCGAUCAUGGCCUAUUCGUUCUGCUGCGUUCAAAACCUCGUUGCCAUCAAGGACCAGAUUUCCGUGGUGCUGGCGUAGGCGCGUCGGAUCUCCAUCUCAAGACUGUACAAGGGGAAAAUUCUUGGCAACGCUUUCCUUUAUCGCCAGCCAAAAAUCCAAGUUAUUAUUCUCGAUGCGCCGUUCCUCGAACUCAACAAUUGUUAGCUUCACCGCUAUGUUCCAAGGCAUCAGCCAGUUUACAUGUUGGGUUGCGAGUAGGGUAGGAUCAGUGGCGUCCUCCGGAUACAGCCCUCCAAUAGUGGGAAACUCAAUGGAAUACAAACUAGCACACAUAGGGUGCGCAUGCCGACGGCUCGAGCGUCUGACUCCAGUGUCACUCACCUAUGUACCAGUUGACGAAAUCGGAAAAGGCAAAUCAUCAGAAGCUUCCAUUUUGUGUCUCUCGGAGUUGUUCGGUUAUCGGAUAUUUUCAGGACGAUUCGUGAAACUGAUGCCUCAGAAAAUUCGCCAUGAUAUUUCAGCGCUAUUUCGAUGUUGAAGUUUUCGUUGUGGCUUGCUUUUACCGAGCCAUUUUCGUCUAGGGCCGCACCGUCACAAGCUCUGAUCGUAUUUGGCUUUUCAAGGUGCCUAGAGCAGCCCGCAUGAUGUGGAUAUGUGCGACAUCGACAGCCUUGCCAACCCCCGCGGAAUCACUCCCAAAUAUCCGCUUCCAGAAAGGAACUUUUGUGGUAUAUGGCCAGAUAAAGAGCCAUAUUUCACAUCCAGAUACUCGGAUGACCGAGUAUUCUUUGAUGCAGUUGGAUCACGGCAUGCUCAUCUUUCACUAAGGUGAAGACCAAGACUCUCAGUGGUCCUCUCGCUACAAGUCUGGCGUUUCCCGGGCCUUAUCAGCAUUCGGACCCUAUUGUGAUCUAUCAUAGGGGUUGUACGUCAAGGGUCCUUCUCAUUUUGAAGCCACAUGUUGCCGCGCCAAACAUCCGGGAGGCUGAAGCCACUCUUUCUCAUCGUCAAGCAUCAGGUCUCAAGUACGGCAGAUAAAGUUUAGGCAGUCGCUUUUCUUCCUAGUCAAGUGGUUCAACAGGGCACUCAGAUGUGGAGCUUCUUCAACAAACAGAUCAUGUACCUUGCACUAGAAGUACAGACAUCACUGUCUCCUCCAUCAGUACGUUCCUCGCUUAUCAGCCAUCGUCAUGUCCAAUCGUCACCUCGCUUACAUCCACCAUUGUGCGCUGUGUAACGUUUUACUUGGAUUCAAAGACAUAGCUCAAACACGCCACGAUACUCGAGAAGCGCACUUGAGUAAGGAAGUAAGCUACUGUGAUACUCACGAUACUCCUUCUCAACACGCUUCAACCGGACCAACAUCCAAUCAUACCGUACUUGGGCGGAAGAGCAAGCAACUCCAUGGCUAGUCCAACCCUGUAUGUCGAUCUCGUCGGCUUCAGACCUGGAUGUUAUUGCCCUUUCUCAUCUCUGAGCUUAUUCCUUCCGAAUGUGAAUAAAAAACCCGGAGACAUCCUCUCAGUAACUCGAUACUCACAAUGAAUACUGUGCUACAUACGUUCCAUGGGCCAACAACGACCAAUUCACCUGCAACCGCACGGCCACGACGGCCCAAGAUCCGCACUUCGGCUGCCGCCGCAGAGAAUGCGGAUGACAGACACAUGGCCGCCCACCUCUGCCGCAGUGUCAUCUUUGAGUGCAAGGGUGAGAUGGAACAUCAAAAGAAUUGGCGAAUAGAAUUACAAAGAAUGAGGCUGCCUGAGAUGGGGUCAUCGGUGGCUCUUGGGGGGCGUCCCUCCCAUCCUCGUGGCGUGUCCGGGGCUAGAUUUUCCUGUCUCGAAACCCAUCGCCCACAGAUAUUGUAUGCUGUCAGAAACGAAAUGAUACCCUUUAGUAUCCC